AUGCCUGGGGACAAUAAUCAAAAGAAGUUCGGAGUUCCUUUCAACCAUAUUGAGAAGGUUGCUAUUGUUGGUGCUGGUGGCCAGGUAGGAAAGCAUUUGGCAGAAGCUUUGUUGAAAACUGGAAAGCAUGUUUUGACGGCAAUUACGCGACCCGGAAGCACCAGCAACCUUCCAGCUGGAGCGAAGGUGGUUCGCGUUGACUACGGCAGCAAUGAUGAUGCUGAUCUGGUGCGGACUCUGCAGGGUCAACAGGUCCUGAUCAUCACAAUGUCAGUAGCUGCACCCAGGGACACCGUUAGCAAACUUCUGCGCGCCGCCGCAAAGGCUGACGUGUCUUAUGUGUUCCCAAACUGGUAUGGCCAUGAUGCUUCCAACAAUGAUUUAUGCAACGACACCAUGCUUGGUCCCAUCCGCGACAACAUCUGCGCCGAAAUAAAAGGCCUCGGUGUCAGUUCAUACAUCUUUCUUGUUUGCAACUUCUGGUACGAGUUCAGCCUAGGCGGUGGACCUAACCGCUACGGAUUCGACUUCCAGAAGAGAUCCUUGGUGCUGUUCGAUGAUGGAAACGUAGCUAUCAACACCAGCACAUGGCCUCAGUGCGGUAGAGCUAUCGCCAACCUUCUCAGUUUGAAGGAGUUUCCCGACAAUGAGGCCGAUCAAUCUCCGACCUUGUCACAGUUUCGUAAUAGCUCAGUCUACAUAUCAAGCUUCAGACUGAGUCAGCGGGACAUGUUCGAGAGUGUGAAGCGUGUCACUGGCACCAGUGACUCUGACUGGGACAUUACACACGAGUCUGCUGAGCAUCGAUGGAGAGAGAGCCGUGCAGCCUUACAAGAAGGCAACUGGGGGCCAUAUACCAAGAUGCUAUACAGCCGCACGUUUGUCCCUCACGGGGGCGGUGACUACGCAUCCCACAGAGCGCUCCACAAUGACAUACUCGAUCUACCGGUCGAGGACUUGGAUGACUGCACGGCUGUUGGUGUCAGUAUGGGGGUUAGCGGAGAGGUUCCAUUUUCGCACUGA